GACGAGAUCGGAUUGCAGAGCGCAAGUCAAGCCGGUGCCUUCCGUACAUAAAAGGCGAAAGCAUUCGAACAGAUGCGCCCGCAGAGUCGUUAUUGUCUGUCUAGGGUUUACGCGUACGUGUUAUGUGAACGGGGAAGUCGGUGAUAGCGCGGAUAUUAAGUUUAUACAGAGUUUCUUGAGGAAAUCAUGAUAUUGUAAUAAUGGUGGUUUUGAGCGGAGCAAUAGAAAUCUAGAAAAGUUAUCCCGAACUUGAAUAUGUCUGGGAACCUGGUAUUGUGUGUGUGCGGAGGGGGCAGUGGAGCCCAUGCCUUGGCUGGAAUGGCGGCACAGAAGGGGGUUGAAGUACGCGUUUUGACACUCUACGAGGACGAGGCAAAACAAUGGUCCCGUGUACUUAAAAAAGAGGAGUUAACUGUCGUCGUUAACGAGAGUAACCGGCCGCCACGGGAGGUCACAUCUAAACCGAAUAUGGUCACGAAAGAUCCAGAAAAAGCAAUUCCGGAUAGUAAUGUCAUCAUAUUUACUGUCCCGGCAUCUGUGCAUGAAAUCUACCUUAAAACCAUUGCCGAGUACAUCGGCAAACGAGCUUUGGUUGUCGGACUUCCAGGCCAAGCAGGAUUCGAAUUCCAAUGCCGUGAUAUUCUUGGUGAGAAGGCUUCGUAUAUUUCUAUAAUGUCUUUCGAAUCCUUGCCUUGGGAAUGUCGAGUAAGGGAAUUCGGAAAACGGGUUGAAAUUCUAGGAACAAAGAUGUAUUUGACCGGUUCCUUAAUACGAGGUAAAUCCGUUACGAAACCACCGCUGAUGACGUUGCAAAAGUUCCUUGGUUCUCAGCCAAUUCUGAGACAGUCCAAACAUUUCCUCGAGACUAUCAUCAUGAGCUAUUCGUUUUUUCAUCCGGCCAUAUUUUACGGCAAAUGGAAAGACUGGGAUGGAAAGCCAGUAUCGGAAGCUCCUCUCUUCUAUCAUGGUAUUGAUGAAGCGACAGCCGAAUUGUUGCAAAAAUGUAGCGACGAAUGUAUGGCAGUGGCCAGCUCUGUGCUCGAGGCGGCAGCUACAAAAGCGAACCUGAGUGAUGUCAAAGACAUCCAUCACUGGUUCAUGGAAAACUACAAAAACGAAAUAGAAGAGUCUUGUGACCUUUUUCAUUCCAUCACCACCAACAAGGCAUACCAAGGGCUGACACAUCCGAUGAAGGAAGUGUUUGGCGGCAUGGAACCGGACUUCUCCUCGCGGUAUCUCACCGAGGAACUUCCAAUGGGACUGGUUGUGUUCAGGGGUCUGGCCGACGUCUUAGGAGUUCAAGUCCCACACAGUGACAUGCUUAUUGAGUGGGGCCAGGAAAAGAUGGGGAAGGAGUACCUUGUCGGUGGGAAACUCACAGGGAAGGACAUCGAUUCCACCCGCUGUCCACAAAGAUAUGGUUUUACAACCCUCGAAGCCAUCUUAACAGGAGAAAAAUCAAAUUAAUUUUAAGCUGAACAUGUCGAAUAGAUUUUGGUAUCACUAUUCUCUCGGAUCUUUAGCGAUGGCAAAUGCAUAUGUGUGAUGGACAAUUGGGGACUUACCUUGGCGCUGUUGCAGUAAGAGUACUGAAAGAAUGCGUUGGGAUUUUUAAAGACGUUCAAUGGGUGUGGUUUGGCGUCAUUUGACACCAAACGUUUUGUACUUGUUAUUUAUGUGCUUUGAAUGAACUUAUACAUUUUAUUAUACAGCUGAUUCGUUACAAACAAUGUUUAGAAAUUAUGUUACCAGCUAAUAUAAAACAAAAGAGAGAAUUUUAAUUUCGAAUCGACAAAGUGAUUGUGCGUCCAAAUGAUAAACAACACGUGCGAUCGAUUUUGUUGGAAGAUAUCGAAAAAGUCUCAUGUAAUGAGAAUAUUUUGGAACAAAAUAUGAGGGAUACUUUAGGGAUUUUAAUAGUCUAUAUACUCAUCAAUACACUAACUUACACAUCGAAUAUUUUUAUUGUGAAGUCGUGUAAUGUUUACCUGAAUGCUAUAUAUAUUUCGACCAAAAUCACUCUUUACCCAAAAAACGUGAUUACACUUUAAUCAUUUGAAAUGCUUUCGAGUUUGCCCUCAGCAUGUGACCAACGUUUGUGUUUUGUUUAAUCGGUAAUCGACUUCAAUCACACACAAUCAUUCAAAUGUCCUUAAAGAUUUUAGCGGUGUCCAUCUACUGAUCAGCAUCCAUAUCCAGCCCAAUAGGAACUUGUUUGUUGUUGUAGUCUUUCUGUCCUUAAAACCGUUGCUGUGUGCGUCUUGGUUAGCGUCUCGAUAAUGAAGAGCGGCGUCAAUACAAACAACUAUGUAAAUACACAAAACUUUGUAAAUACAAACAAUUUUGUAAAUACACAACAGUAAAUUCAUUGACAAACUAAUGACAAUUUGACCUCUUACUAAAAUACCGCUUCUCACAUGUACCAUUGUUAAAUCAAUCUAUACAAAUUAACUUUUAAAAUGUUAAGAGAACUGUACAAAUAUCAUAACCAUCAUCCUCUUCUCACAGAUUAAACCAAUAUAAAACUAAAGAGAAUUUCAAUUUCGAACCGACUAAGUGUUGUUUGUGCGUCCAAAUGAUAUAUAACAUUUUUAAGUUAUAAUUAUGUUUGUCACGAGUUUCACAGACUAUCGGAGACCCGGUGAAUAAGACUCAAGUACAUUCGAGCAUUAAACUGCGUUUUGCUAAGAUUGUAUAUUAAGGAUACAACGUUGUUUUUUUGUCAUACAGGCAUAUACGCAAAUAGCUUACAUACCUCUCCAUCAGAAGGAUGAUUAAAAAUCACUCGGUGUCCAUUUUCUGCAGAAUUAUAAUAAAGAGAAUGCAUUCAUAUUCACACUGAUAUUUAUAUUUCUAUUGAUUUUGAAGAUAUAAGUUAUUUUUAUUACAUUGUAGUAUAUUUUGUUCUUCAAGUUUGAGGUACAGGUAAAUUUUCAAUAAAUCGAACAGAAAACAGUAUCAGUCAGCUAUCUCCAAAGUCAUAACGUCGGGUGUUGUACUUCUAUAUUACGUCAGUGUGAUAAGUCGAUGUUAUAUAACGGUGGACUGUAUGUGGUGUUAGACUCGGGCAUUCCCUCAUGCUUUACUGUAACAUGUUUACGUGUAUUUUUUAAACAAAUUUUAAAUGUUUUAUUAAAGAAACAGUGUGAUAUUGC